GUUCAACUUUCAUCUUGGUAAAAAGUCAAAAUGUUAUCGAAGAAAUACGUUUCAGUAGCCAUUUUUUGUAUCAUCGUUACAUUUUCAUAUUCUCUCACAUCAUCUGAAAAUGUAGAAGUUGAUGGAAAUCGACUGCUGCCUGUGAAAAUUGCUGUAGUUGGAGGGGGCAUAGGUGGUACGUCAAAUGCUUUCUACCUGAGGGACCUGUUUGGUGAAAAUGCAUCCAUCACACUCUUUGAGAAAGAUACCAUCGGAGGUCGCUUAGCAACCGUUUCCAUCGCGGGAGCAGAGUAUGAGAUAGGCGGGACGAUCCUCCAUCCGCGCAAUCUAUACAUGAAGAAAUUUGUGCAAGAUUUUGGACUGAAGGAGAGGAGCGCAGAAGGCACUGAUAGAACGAUGGGAAUCUACGAUGGAGAAGAAUUUGUCUUUCAAUCCAGCCAAUACUCCAUCAUAACCCUCCUCAAGUUACUAUGGCGAUAUGGAUUGGACGUUUUCCGAAUGCGUUGGACCAUCAGUAAUCUGCUCAAGAAAUUUGAAAGAAUUUAUGAUUUCCAAGAUGCAGGACAAUCCUACACAGACAUUGAAGGCAUAAUGGCUGCGAUGGGUGGGGAGGAGUUUGAGGGUUGGCUGACCAAGCCUAUAAGCGUCGUCCUCCGAGACAUGGGCAUGUCGGAGAGGUUUGUCCAAGAGUUCGCUGCUAUAGCAACAAGAGCAAAUUAUGGGCAGAACCCGAACAUGAUGGGGUUUGCAGGCAUGGUGUCCCUAGCUGCGGCCGUACCUGGUCUGUGGUGUAUAGAUGGGGGUAACAAGCUUGUGCCUGAACAGCUGCUUCAGAGGUCCGGUGCGACGCUCAUGAGGUCUCGGGUACAGUCCGUUGAACGUGUUGCCGGUGAGAAUGCAGAAAGGCCCACCUUCAGAGUCACGUGGAACGAGAGUGUCAAAGGUCCAAAGAGUGAUGUCUUUGACAUAGUCAUGAUGGCUUCACCCAUAGAGGACGAUCUCUCAGGUAUCGACUUCAUAGGCUUUGAUCAUCCGGUCACCACCAACUUCACUGGCGACUACCGCCACACGGUUGCCACCCUCAUCGAGGGGCGUCCUCGAGCAUCAACCUUCGGAGUCUCGCCAGAAGGUGAGCUCCCAGGACAGAUCAUCACCAACAUGGAAGUGCCUCUGAACUUCAGAACUCUCGCCAAGAACUUCCCCGUGGACUAUAACCCCAUCACGUUCAACGCAUCGAGGCAACUCUACAAGGUGUUCUCAACCGGUGUCUUGAACGAUACGCAGAUGGAGGCGUUGUUCAAGUCGUACUCGGAAGCGACGCACCGCGACUGGUUGGCGUAUCCCUAUUACCACGAGCGUAAGACCUUCCCUGGGUUUGUCUUGGCGGAAGGCUUGUUUUACCCCAAUGCCAUUGAGUGGGCUGCUAGUGCCAUGGAGAUGGCUGUCAUAGGGAGUAGAAACAGUGCCAUAUUAGCGUACCGGUACUGGAGCGGGGAAUCCCCUGAAGUGAAAGUGGGAGCCUCUAAAGUUAAGCAAGAACUAUAAAAGUAUAGUUAUCUUUGGCCCGUUUUCAAUUCUGUACGGGAUUGAGUCAGUAUUUUACUAAGCAUUUUAAUUGGUUAAGUAAUGUUACUCUUAACUCAUUUUGGAUUGCAUCUGAGCAUUUUAUUUUAGUUAACCAACUUUUAGGUAAAAUUCUGACUGAUAAUCAUUGUGAUAUUUUAUGAUCAUUCCAAAAUAUUGUGCAAUUAACAAAUUCCAUUGACUAAAGUACUAAGUAUAAUUGUGUGUGGCUUAUCAUGACUGCGUAUGAAAACUGCAUGCUUGCCAAUUACGGCCUCUAAAGUUAUUGGGCCUUAGCUAGGGAGCUGUCUUAAAAUCAGGGUGAAACGCUUCAAUUGACUACCUAAGUUAUCUAAGCAUUUACUUUCAAAAGCUUACAACUGAUUUCAGAUAAGAAAAUAAUUGUAUACCGGCCCUUGCACCUCUAGAGUUCUGCAAAAAGUGGGUAGAAUUCCUAAAAGAGUAAGGCAAGAAUUAUGAACGUAUAUCAUUCCUUGUUGAAAGGGAAUCAUGCAAAAUAUCUAUGCAAUAUGCCUGGUUUUAUAGAUUUCCAGAUGAUGAUAAUGCAGUUUAAUAUAAAACUUGUUCUUCUCAAAAUGUAUGUUAGUGUUGUGGAUGUACAUUGUAGUAGAGCAUCAAAAUGUUAUUAACAGAAAUGUGUGUAAUUUUGGGGGAACUGACUAAGAGAUGGGGCCAUGUUUUCAAUUAUUUGUUGCCAACUUGCCCUUCAAAUUAAAUUAAAUAAAUCUACAAACAGGGAACUCCAAUUGAAACAGAGGCCAGAGGAUUUAGAAUUGUUUCCUUGUUAUAAUGAACUCCCGUCAUCACCAAUCACAUAGAAAAACAUAAAAGAAACAAACCCAUGUAUUCUUUAGAUUGUUUUAAUGUACUUAUAAAUCUUGAAGAUUAUAUGUAAAUCACUGAAAUAUCUUUUAGUAAUUAGUAAUUCCAGGGUUUGGGCAAUUUUUAUGACAUAACAGAAGUGAGAAACUUUGUCUUACACUAACCAUAGCAAUGUUUGCUCAAAUUGAGUUUAGCAUAAAAAGCAUAUUCAUUUAUGUUAAGCAGUAUUUUAGCUCCACGGUGAAUCAUUAUUAUACAUGUAUAUGUGAUGUACAUGUGAACUGAAAUAAAUGUUACGUUCAUAUCAUGCUGUAACAAAAGAAAUGGAUAUUACACAAAGAUUUUGAAGAAAAGCUACGUGAAACUGAAACAGGAAUGAUUAUGGCAGCACACUACCAUAUUGAUUUAAAAAUAUCUCAAACAGAUGAUUUUAGAUUUCAUGUAUAGUAGAAGAUCUUGUAUCAACGUCAUUAAGUGAUCCACAUGUGAGGACUACGUUCUUUAAAUGGAUACACAAGCAGUAUUGUUGAAAGGACUUUCAAAGGUUUUGCAGAUGAUUAUUUAUCAAUGUAACGCUUCUUAUUUAAAAACAAAAACAAAAUUAAACAAAAAUUGAAUCCUCAUGAAUUAGGAGAUAUUAAUGGUAUGGUAUUUAUUUCAUUCUUCAUGGAUAGAUUGUAUAUUUCUUGAAAAAAAUCAAUGAUUAUUGUAUGCAUUGUAUGGAUAAGCUAGUUAACUUCAAGCAGUAUAAUGUGUUGAGCUUGUAUACCAAGUAAAAUAGAGUAACAAUAUGUCUCUAAUUGAAAUAGUGUAGUUGUUAGAAAGCAUGCUAUUGGCUGAGAAGCUAUCGCGUGACACUCAACAUUUUGUAAUGUGUGUGUGUGAUCUUGUCUUUAUCGAUCAUAUUUGAUUAUUUACUUGUGGAGACUGACCUUUUACGUCACCAUCCAAAAGAAGUGACUGAGUUUAAAACUGGGCCAGUUUGUAGGCGAAGACAGAGAGCUGACCAAGUGAAAGUGCCGCUAGACCAACUCACAUCUCCCAUUGCAUGAGCAUGCAAUAUGAGAACUCUUUUUUAUUGUUAAAACGUGUAGAAAAAUGAAUGAAACUGCACACCUCUCUUCCCGUAUCUAUUGCUUUGAGUGUCUCAGCUGCGCGAUUCUGAUGCGAAGACAGUCUGAAUGAAAUCGACAAGGCUAGACUCGAAAGGAGCAAUACGUGAGAUUGCAAUUAAAUACCCUCAAUUUUAUAUUAGAAAUAUAGCAUGCAUUAUUGUUCACUUUAGCAUAUACUCAUCUCAAAAUUCAUAAUUUUCCUCGUGCAAUUAUAUUGCGAAACCUGUGAAUAUAACAUUACUUUGGAAAUUCUGAAGUUGUUGGUUCAUAGAUUCUGUUGUAUUGUAUGCCGAGGCAUGCAAUGUUGUAUAGUAUCAUUGUGGAUAAAAUUUGCCCCUUAAUCACGUUUAUAGUAGAUAUGAAUUGUGCAUAAAGUCUUUAUAAAUGUAUUGAUUUUUAUUUUCAAUCUAUUUCCAAUAAUGUGCCAUUUUUAUAUCUGAAAUAAUAUUUGUUUACACUCUCAUACUGUCUUUUAAAGUUGUAUGAUAAAUAAAAAAUAAAUACCAGAAUAUUUUCAAGAUUA